UCCGUAUUUAGUCUAUGAACCAUGUCACUUCAAAACCUUUAAUGCUUUUGUCAACUAUUGUGAGCAAUUGUGAGGAUAGUGAGGACGAGUAGUUAGUAUAUAGGAAAGCAAGUAAUGUAAUUAUCGAAGCUGCGGUAAUUUUCGUGUAAAAUGCAGUUGUAUAUUUGAUAUGAAUAUUUGUAGCAAACAUUAUGUAAGUGAGGUGCAGAAUGUUAGCAAGCCUUUCGUACGUGAUUUAAGGUGUAGGAGACAUUAAAAAUAAAAGGUGAACUUCUGUGAAAGAGAUUUCAGGGUGAAUUACAUUGCAGAUACUACAGGUCAUCUUGCUGCUAAGUUACGUGCAUCUGUCACUUCCUGACCACCAGCCAUUGACAGCUUAUCUACAGUUCAUCCUGACACAAGCUUAGAAUAACUAAGGCCGAGCACCAUCAGUAAAUGGCACUGAAAUGAUUCAUGCUCACACAAGGAUCUCACAAUGAGUAAUCAGGUAGUGCUAUCAGCAAAGCGUCGAGGACUUCCCAGUUCAUCAAGCUCCUCAGCUACGGCGACCAAUACAACAACUGUUUCGGCAGACCUGGCAAGUCUGUUCGAAUGUCCAGUAUGCUUUGAUUAUGUUCUGCCCCCAAUAUUGCAAUGUCAGAGUGGACAUCUCGUUUGCUCCAAUUGUCGGCCCAAGCUGACUUGUUGUCCAACAUGCAGGGGACCUUUGGGGAACAUUCGAAACUUGGCAAUGGAGAAAGUUGCGAGCACUGUUAUGUUCCCCUGUAAGUAUUCAACAUCUGGCUGUGCAGUAUCCCUUCUGCACACUGAGAAAGGGGAACACGAAGAAACAUGUGAAUUCCGGCCAUACUCCUGUCCCUGCCCAGGGGCCUCUUGCAAGUGGCAAGGUUCCCUUGAGCAGGUGAUGCCUCACCUUAUGAUGUCUCAUAAAUCGAUCACAACUCUUCAAGGAGAGGAUAUUGUGUUCUUAGCAACAGACAUCAAUCUGCCAGGAGCAGUGGACUGGGUUAUGAUGCAGUCAUGCUUCGGCCAUCAUUUUAUGUUAGUACUUGAGAAACAAGAGAAGUUUGAUGGACACCAACAAUUCUUUGCUAUAGUACAAUUGAUUGGAUCAAGAAAACAAGCCGAAAACUUUGCAUAUAGGUUAGAGCUGAAUGGCCAAAGACGACGUUUGACAUGGGAAGCAACACCAAGAUCAAUCCAUGAAGGAGUCUCAUCAGCAAUCAUGAACUCUGACUGUCUUGUAUUUGACACCAGCAUUGCCCAACUCUUUGCGGAUAACGGAAACCUGGGGAUCAAUGUGACAAUUUCUAUGGUCUGAUACUGGCAUACUUUGGACUUGAUGAUCACUGCCAGAGUAUUAAUAGUAUCACCUAUUGGUACACACUACCCAACAUGAAUUUUAUUUUUUGACAUUUUUGCAUAAUUAUGGAACAUAUGCUCACGGGUUCUCAUAUCAAGCAGUUAUAACAUUGCACAGAGAAGAAAAGGUGAUCAGUUGGUGAUUGACUAUAGUUGACCAGUUGUAAAUAACCAAUGACAUAAGAAUACAGAUAUUCAUUUUCUAGCAGUAUGCUAUAUAGUGUUAUGAACCACUUAUAGUUUAGGGAAUCAUUGUGUCACAUGAAUAUUGAAUGAUACUUAAUUUCUGUUCAUAUAUCUACAGCUAAUAACAGUGGUUACAGAGAGCUGAAAUAUUGAAAGAACUGGAUGUACUUUUAUUGCAUUUAAAUCUUUACAGGAAAACAUUAUUCUGUACCACAUUUAAAGUUCAGCACUCUUAAAGCACUAAAUAACAUUGUUGAGUUUCUUUUUUCAGGUGUAAUUACAUUUGCUAAAUCCAUGCAUUUGUGGCAGCUUCUCAUAAGUAUGAAAGUUGUUACUAUAGGAUUCUGACGAUGGUGUAUAACACACAGAGAUAUUGGGUUUUUGGACUUCAUCCAUCGUCCUGGUU